AUGCCUUCCUCAAAAACAGUUUCAAUGCUUUUGGCUACCUUUGUUUUUGUUAUUUAUUCUGUCGGAUUGUUAACUCUUGUUGAAUCUACUACUACUAGAAUAAUUGAAGUUGGACGAGGCAAGCACAAAUUGGAAGCUGAUAAUGUGAUUCUGAGUGAUGGUUCGAGGAUUGCUGGAAGAGAGGACAUGCAUGAAUUCAACUUUCUAUCAAAAAGAGGAUCAUGUGAUUUAGAGAUCGAUUACGACCAUAUAAUUGUGUACUUUCAAAAACGUGGAGGUUGUACUGUGGACUUUAUUGUUGAAGAUUCGGAUAUUUCAAACACAAACGAUACGUCACAUACCGCUGAAUUUACAAUAGUAUUGUAUAGCGAUGGACAAUUAUCUGAUUGUUUGAUGAAUUGUUCUAAAUUAAUGAAUAGAAAUUUUUGUGCACCUUCUUCUGUAUGUGACAAACACAAAAUCAACUUCUCUCAAAAAUUUAUUAAACUCAAUUUUCUUAUGAACACAUUUCCUCUUCUAAUUAAAGAAGAGUUCACCCAAUGUUUUCCACGUUCAAGCACAUAUCAACGUUCAAAAGAUUUAGCUAGAGUAAAGGCUUGGAAAAUUAUAAAUGUUGGAGAUAAUAGCGAUGAAAGUUUAAUUGGCAAACGAUUAAUUGUUUUACAUUUAUUGCCUGAUUAUAUGCUAUUUCCUUCUUGCACAAAAAAUGGGACAAUUAAUGAAGAAGAGAUGAUACGUAAACCUGGAUGUUCUUUUGCAAUUGAAUUUGUAAGUUUAGUUUUAAACUUGGUCAACCCUCACAACAAUCUACAACCUCACUAG